CGUCCAGGCAAGCGCUUAUGACUCUUCGCAAUGAUCCCAUCUUCGCGACUUCUGGUGCAGGGGAAUCGUAUAUUGGUCAUUCCUUCUGCUGCAAUCACAUUCCACGCUCUCCUUGGGCGCGAGUUUGUAUGAACAUGGAGAAACUCCGAAGCGUUUGAAUAGGUCGAGUUAUCGAGUCAUCCUACAGGGCGCUGGUUUUCCCGUUUGAUCGAGUUCAACCCACGGUGAAGUUGGUGUGUAUAUACUAGGCCGAAACGUUGUUCUCCAAGGACAGUAGAAUUCUGACAGGACGCAGGUGAAUCACAGCCUCUCAUUCCAGUUUGGGAUAGCUACUGAGGGCCGAUGAUGGAUAUCUACUGUCGGCUGAGCUAUAUAAGUCGCUCUAUCUUAACCUCUUGAGUGCAUCCAGGCCUCUCACUCAUCGUGCACUACAACGUCUCGCUGCGUUACAUUUUCCAUCUCUCUUCACAUACUGUCAUGUCAUUCGGACGCCCACCUCAUAUGAAGGAGUCUGGAAAACCAUACAGGGUGGAAACAGAUCAAUGGUUAUAUUUCAAGGAAGUCGUUUCUGCCCCCAAUCCUGUUGGUUAUAAUAGGCCGCCUGUACGCUGCGAAAGAGGGCAACGGGUGCGACUUAUGGAGGUCAUCAGUGUAGGCAGAAACAAACAAUUCGCCUUGAAGGCGGCCGAUGCCAGGUAUAAUGUGGAGUUCACCCAAGACUUCGUUAUCCCCACAAGGGUGUAUGGUGUGGCUUCUCACCGCAAGCUUGAGGUCAUUGGGAAUACGCUACCGAAGCAGAAAAAGCUUCCUCCGGGCACGCAGGCAAAACUCGUUGAACCUAUUGAAAUACUCCACGGUGGCAUCAGGCAUCCUAUACCGGUGGGAACAAUCAUAGAAGUGGCUGGCCGUGCUGUCAGAGAGAGCGCGGAGGGCACCGGCCAGCCGUUCCCCGUCGAUGCCAUGGAUGCCGCUUAUGAAUUUAAGUAUAUCAUUCAUAUAUCCACUCCCUUCAUGGUCACGAUUGCAGACCUGCGUCACAACCAACUCUCCAAGACCCCUGUCUGAAUUGUACCAGAGUCUUACGGCAUUACCCAGAGCCUUGUAGCGUUUCCUCUUGAGUCAAUAGCUGUCAAUGUGUUGUGUACAUAAUGUUUUCGAUAACCAGCUAGUAUUUUCCCUGAACCUUCUGUAUUAGUGAUUGUUCCUCUGUAAACCUCGUUGUACGUCUAACCGCUGAAGAAACAACGUCGGUGAAUUGGCGGUGGAUCGUGUUGGAACCGUAGUAGUCAAAACCUAACCGUUUCGAACGUAGUUUCUUUCUUUCCUUUUUGGUAGAUUUGAUCGUUCUCACUCCUUGAUCAAACCGUCUGAUUUUCUCUUCCCUCAGUCUUUUUCGUACUAAUCGUUUAGAACUGGACGUAAUUAUAUUUAUCUGCGGUACCUCACAAGACAUGUUCAACACUACGUUGUCUCUUAGGGUUUCAAGAACAUCUCUCAGUCGCGAUGACCCUCUACUGAACAAAUGGCGUCAUCUACU